AAGAAUUUAUAAUAGUGCGUUUUUGGUUCUCUAAACUCUCACACACUCCAGAAGUUUACAUUUAUUAUUUGUUUCGUUACAAAAGAGCGAGAGAGAGAUAGAGGGGUUGUCUUGUCACUAUCUUUUGCUAAAGAACUUCCAAGAUUCACCAUGAAGAUAAUUUCCGAGAGGGAUUUUACACAAGAUGAUCACUAUGACGACUUUGAUGAUACCCCUGAAGAAAAUACUGAGGAGACUUGUGCACAUCUAUGUGUUAUUAGAGGAAAGUGUGUGAGCUGUGAGAGGGUAGCAUUGAAGUACGUUCAUCAGGGUAUGUGGUUGUGGCUUAACAAAGAUGAAUGGGAUCGGAUUCGGAAGGUAGAGUCAGCGAAAUUGUUAGAAGAUAAGAAGAUGGUUUUGGUUCUUGAUCUAGAUCAAACUCUGGUUCAUUCAACAGAACAAGAAAAAUAUCUGAGAACCCCUCAAGAACUCUUGCAACAUAACUUAAGGGAUAGCCUAUUCCGUGUGAGACGACCUUGGGGAAUGAUGAUGGUCAAGUUGAGACCUUUUGUUCACACUUUUCUGAGAGCAGCAAGUACCAUGUUUGAGAUUUAUAUGUGCACAAUGUGUACACGAAGUUAUGCGUUGCAAGUGGCUGAAUUUCUUGGCCCCGAAAAUUUUUACUUCAAGUCAUCAAGAAUCAUUGCACGUGAAGAUUUACUGGAAACAGGCGAAAAGACUCUUGAUCUUGUGCUAGGAGAGGAACGCAUGGUUCUUAUUCUUGAUGAUUCCAAGAGUGUGUGGAGUAAUCAUCCAUUCAACUUGAUUCAUAUCAAGAGGAAUCGUUAUUUUGAUUCAGAUCCUGAUAGCUGGACUGCUGAUGAAAUUGACUACGCUGGCCCGCUCAUCACCCUUCUCCAAAGACGUAAUCCACAGACUGUUUUUCAACCCAAAAUUUGAAGCCGGUCUUCAGUAUAGAGAUGUGAGAUACAUACUUGCUCGCCGUGACGUUCUCCGAGGGUGUAUAUUAUCCUUCAAACAUAUUUUCACUCCCGAUUUUAGGCCUGAAAGUUCGCGUCUCUGGUUGAUGGCAGAGGAGUUAGGGGCCAAAUUUUCGAUGGAUAAUUUGAUAAGCCCCAUCACACAUGUAGUCACUUGGUUUGCCACAGCGGAGGAGUUUCAAGAGGCAGAGCUGGAAGGAAUUAUUUUGGUCCAUCCAAAGUGGCUAUGUGCUUGCUACUAUGCAGUCAGUAGGGUAUCCGAAAAAGAUUAUCCGAUCAAGCCGAAAGAUUAGAAGUUGAGAUGAUCUUUGUUCACUUCUAUUAACAGCACAGGAUGUGAGCUUGAGAGUUCCAUUGUUUGCUCAAGUGGUCCAAGAAUUGUCUUAUUCCUGACUGAGGUGCAGGCUACCUAAUGCGAUUGCGGUCUCCUCAAAGAAUUACAGGCAGUGAAUUGGUGUGUUAGGUUACUUCUCCAGAGACUAUUGUCAAUGAAGUCUUUCCAAAAUGUUGAAGUUGCUGUGUGAUUGUGUAGUGUUGUGUGAUUGAAUGGUAAGUGGAAGCAUAAAACAGAGAAUACACAAAGAUUUAUGUGAUUUAGCCUAAAGGCCUACGUCCACAGUGAGAAAGUCCUUGACGACUACAUAUU